CGAGAUUUCGUGACGUCACAGGGAUUUUCCCAGCCAGAUUUUAUAUGAUGAGUCAUCAAAAAGAAAUGAACAUCAGACUGUAUUCACGCUUCCAUUAGACCGGGGACUUCUACCUCUUGUUUGACUGAAUCAUCAGGAUUUUUGAACGUUUUGAGCCAAGUCAAAAGAGGGCACAACUAAACAAGAGGGGCCCAACUAAAAUACGCCAAUCUACCAAGAUGGCGGCCCCAGAUCCAAGUCAAAACCAAGACUUGCCACCCCCCGUUCCACCACCCCCGGUACCAAGAAAUAGAAAUAUACAAAAACCGACACUUCCUAGUCGCAGACUCGACACAGAAAAUAUGGCUGAUCUGAGGAGAAGACUAACCAUUAAUUUUACACCUCAAACUCCUUCCUUGGCAACCAUGGGAUACAGAACACAAAUAGAAAGGAUAAAGGGUUUGAAGUCUACAGGAAAACUACAAAUAGAGUCAAAGACCUAUGACUUCAUGUCAGAUGACCUCCAGGAAUUAGAGGAAAUAGGAAGAGGGAAUUAUGGAAUGGUCACAAAAAUGGUGCACAAAGAAAGUGGCACUAUAAUGGCUGUUAAAAGAAUACGCUCCACAGUGGACGAGAAAGAACAGAAGGAGUUGUUGAUGGAUCUGGAUGUUGUGAUGAGGAGCAAUGAUUGUAGAUUCAUAGUACAGUUCUAUGGAGCUCUGUUUAAAGAGGGAGACUGCUGGAUCUGUGUAGAAAUGAUGGACAUUUCUCUUGAUAAAUUUUAUAAGUAUAUAUUUAAUGUGUUACAAACAACGAUACCAGAGGAAAUUCUAGGAAAAAUAACUGUAGCAACUGUGAAAGCUUUAAAUUAUCUGAAAGAAAAUUUGAAAAUAAUUCAUAGAGAUGUAAAACCAUCAAAUAUCCUGCUAGAUCGCAAAGGGAACAUAAAACUCUGUGAUUUUGGAAUUAGUGGCCAGUUAGUAGAUUCUAUUGCCAAAAGUCGAGAUGCAGGUUGUCGACCAUACAUGGCACCAGAGAGAAUAGAUCCACGAGCAUCCAGUCGUGGAUAUGACAUCAGGUCAGAUGUAUGGAGCCUUGGUAUUACACUAAUGGAGUUGGCAACAGGAAAGUUUCCCUACCCCAAGUGGAACAGUGUGUUUGAUCAGCUGACUCAGGUAGUGCAAGGACCUGCUCCACAGCUUAAAUCCACAGAGGGGCAAUUCUCCGAGGAUUUCCUCAACUUCUUAAAUACUUGUUUGACAAAAGAUGAAAAACAAAGGCCAAAAUAUGCCAAACUCUUGGAUCAUCCUUUUAUCAAAAGAUAUAGUGAAUUACAAGUAGACAUUGCCAGUUAUGUGUCAAAAAUUCUGGAUCAUGUGAGAGAGACAAACACUAACUUACAGGAGCUCACUGCCUCCAACUCUUGACGAAGCAGGGUUGUUGUUAAGGGCUUUCAAUUCAGGGAAAUCUUAACAUAAGUACAAACGCUCAAAUGAUCAAGACUCCCAAACACUUGUCUUGAUAAAAAGGAGGUUACUGUUGGAAUAUAGGGGAAAGACAUGAUAAAAGAUUGACCGUCAUCUAUGCAGCCAGCUGGUUGGCAUUGAGUUCAUUAGUAUCUUCAACAGAUUAAAUGCUUGUCAUGAAUCUGGCCUACUCAAUAUUUCCUGUAUGGAUAAAACUUGUAAUAUGGAAUUUUCUACAUUAUUUUAUGAACUCAUACAUAGUUUAUUUUUGUAUUUUCCUUUCUUUUGGAGAUGACAGCUGAUUGUAGAAGUGGUUGUUACCAAUGAACUUAUUUUGGCAAAUUGAAGAAUAAUGCUGCCAGUCUCUUUUUUUUUUUUUCUCUAGCUAGUUUACAUAACUUGGUGAUAGAGGGCUUUCAUUUUUUCUGCAAAGCAGAUUUUGUACUUGUUUUAUUUUCUUUGUGUCACUUUUCCCACUGAACAGACACAAAAGAAUUGCUUUGUCGUCUGCCUGUUGUCUUAGUCCUUUGGCAGAUUUUUUUAAAACCAUUUCCUACAGAUUAUUCCACAACUUACAUUUGGUAGCAAUUAUACAUAGGGUCUAAUGGAGAAGACAACCAGUGUAUUUGCAAACAUACAUGCAAGUCAGAUUUUUUGGUUUCUUGAUAGCACCAUUAAAUAUUGUAAUAUGUCAAUUGUUUUCGAAUUAUGUUUUUCUUUCAAUAAGAAAAUAAAAAUCAUAUAAACGACUAGCAUGUGAAAAUGUUAGAAAUGCAAUACUUACUAUUAUGAGAUUCAUUUUCUGACUUGUUUGUUAUGCAUUUGGGUCACAUACAUGUGUAAGAGAUGUAAAGUUUGAGUGCUAUAUGGAUUUUUAUAUAAUUGACAAUUAUUAUGUACAUUUUUCACAAAUAGUGCUACAAUUUAUACAUAAUAGAUACAUUUUAUCCUAAGAUCUGUAUUCAAUGAACUGGAUUAUGUAUUACUGUAUGUGUAUUGAAGGAAACAGUUUUAUUUAGAUGCUUGUUAUUUAUGACACAUAUAUGAUAAGUACUUUUAAGAUGUUGAAAUCUUUGUACAUUGAAAUUUAACAUUCCAGUAGAGGAACUUAGACAACACUUUAUUCUUCAUUAUAGUUUGACAAUUUAGUGUACAGUUUUUGCUCAAGAACUUGAGAACAAUUCUUCCAUUCUGUAUACUCUAGCACCUUGAUAUGGAUGAAAAGCAAAGACAAUAAUAAUUUCUAUCAGAAGUGAUAACUACAGCACCAGAACAUAGAAAGGUUUCAUUAAUGAUAAAAGACUAUGAAGUGCUUCUUCCAUAUUUAUUCAAAAGCAUAUAAUAUUUCAGUUGAUUUUUUGAAUACCACUUAUGUGUGUAGACAGCUUUUUGGCUUUUCAGCUUUUGAUUACCUAUCACUGAUCAUUGUCUCAUCUUGGUGUGCCAUAUUUUAUGAUUUCAUCAAGUGUAAAAAUUUUGGACUGUUGAAGAAAAAUAGGAAAAUUUGCAGUAAAUGUUCCUUGAAUUUACUUAAGAGCCAUUCCAUGAAACAAAACAAAAUCAUUUUCAGUUGAUAAGAAUGAGAUGCAUUUUUGAAAAGCUUGUGGAUUUUUGUUUCUCACUCAAGUUAAACUGAAAAGACCUAGUUUUGAAUGGAUGCUUUUUGUUUUAUGAGUUAUUCAGAGUAAUACAGUAUAUGCUGCAGUAAUUUUCUUUAGUAUGAAAGUAAUCUUAUCAAGCCCUUUGGUGAAAUUUUAAUAACAUAGAUUUUUCACAAAACAUAAAUUUUAUCCAAACUGUUCACUAAAGCUUAAGACCUAUAUUGUCUUCUAAAAGUUACGUUAGUGCCUGUUACAAAGUAAAAAUGUGUAUUACAUGCAUGUUUCUACAAGGCUUUAGUAUAUCUAACUUAUUGGACUAGAUUUGUGUAAUAGUAAAACUUUACUUAUACCACAAAAAUUGGAUACCUAUAAAUUCAGUAGUUGCUUUGUCAGAAACAUAUUAAGUGAUAACUUUUUUGUUUGAACUAAAGUUCUUUUUUAUAUGAAGUUCAAUUUUGUAAAAACAUUGCACAAAAAUUUCAGUCUUGACAUUUCAUCAGGCUCCAGUUCAUUAUUUUCAGUUAUGAAAUUUCAAAAUAAUUUCAUGCUAAUGAAAAUUUGAGCAUGGUGGGUAUUUUUUUUCCAGUACAGUGAAACUCUUCAGUACCAGCCAUCCCUGAACAUUGGACAUUGUCUGGGUUUUUUUUCUUCUUUUUAAUUUACCGUUAAUAGACAUGGCUUUACUGCCUCAAAAACCAAUAGCAGUGAUUUUUUUUAAUAAGCCAUGCAUUUAUAUCCCAAUGGCCAGAGAUGUUAAUUACUGAGAUACUGUGCGCACCUCACUACUGUUUAUUUAUUACUGACAUGAAAUAAAGAAGUGACAGGA